GCGGCGACGCGGCGGCGGUUUGCGUCGCGGGAAUGUGGCGCACGCCUGCGUGGCGGAGGAGAUGACGCCCGCGGUUGAGGUGUCAGGGAGCACCCGUCGUGGCCGUGCAGACGCCGCCGUCACUGCCACCGUCACCGUCACUUUCACCGUCACGGUCGCGGGCCCUUAAGCCGUUUUUGUGCCGAGGCUUGCAAAGUUCCGUCUUAGGCUGUGCCGAGGAGAUGGACUUAGAGCGGCGUGGCAAAGCGGGUAUUAAGCGGCGCCGCAGCACGGCAGCUCGUUGCCGCAGCGCUGGCGAUCGAGCGCGGGACUUGACGGAGAUAAAUCCGAUGCCGGUGACGUCUCCCUCCCGAGAGUCAAGAGCCGGUCCUCUCGUCGCAGAUAAUAGCUCCUCGUUGUGCAAGUCGUAAUUGCCACUCCGGUCGCUUUGAUUCAUUUUUGAGGAGCGGGGGGGUGGAGGUGGGUGGUUUUGCAGGGAGCCUGACCUCGUUUUCCUUUCCCGUGCGCACGGCUUAGCGGCGCAUCUGAAAAUUAAAAAAUAAAGCCACACCUGAGCGGCGUACACAGCCGGAGGAGGAGGCAGAGCGACGUUCCCGCCACCGCCACCACCACCACCGCCGUCGUCACCGCCACCGCCACCAUGUGCGACUUGGGCGCCCUCGACAACCUGAUCGCCAACACGGCUUACCUGGAGGCGCGCAAGAGUGGCGACGGCGCCGGCGGCAGCGGGAAGAAGCGACGGUGCAGCAUGGUGCUGCCGGGGCCGCGGGGAGCCCAGUGCGCCGACAUGAGGACCAAGGUGGCCGGCACGCAGACCUACGCGGGGCUGUGCGAGGAGCAGCCCGUCGGGCGCCGGCUGUUCCGCCAGUUCGCCGGCGGGGUGCCGGAGUACGCUCGCGCCGUCGAAUUCCUGGACGAGGCGGAGCAGGUCCAGCUGUCGGAGGACGGCGCCCGCGAGGGCCUCGCGGGAGCGACGGUGGCGGCGUUCCUGCGCGCGGACUCCGAGCGCUCCCUGACGUUCCUGAGCGCCGAGCUGGCGGCUGCGGUGGCUUCCGCCGGUGGCCGGGAGGCCGAGGAGCUGGUGCGUCGCGCCCGCGAGGAGGCGCGCCUCUUCUUGGUGGGGCAGCCCUUCCGGGAGUUCCUGGCGAGCCCCUUCUUCGACAGGUUGCUGCAGUGGAAGGUGCUGGAGAGGCAGCCAGUGAGCGAGCGCUCCUUCUACGAGUUCCGCACGCUCGGCAAGGGCGGCUUCGGGGAGGUGUGUGCCAUCCAGGGCAAGCUGUCGGGCAAGAUGUACGCGUGCAAGAAGCUGGACAAGAAGCGGCUGAAGAAGAAACGCGGCGAGCAGAUGGCGCUGCUGGAGAAGGAGAUCCUGGAGAGCGUCAACAGCCCCUUCGUGGUGCGGCUCGCCUACGCCUACCAAACCAAGACGCACCUCUGCCUGGUGAUGAGCCUGAUGAACGGCGGAGACCUCAAGUACCACAUCUACGAGAUGGGCGAGCGGGGGCUGUCGCCGGCGCGCACGCUCUUCUACGCGGCGCAGAUCACGUGCGGCCUGCAGCACCUGCACACGGCGCGCAUCGUCUACCGCGACAUGAAGCCCGAGAACGUGCUGCUGGACGAGCGCGGGCACUGCCGCCUGUCCGACCUGGGCCUCGCCGUGGUCCUAGCAGACGGCCAGGAGACCAUCCGCCAGAGGGCCGGCACCAACGGCUACAUGUCGCCCGAGGUGGUGCUGGAGGAGCCGUACGCGUUCGACGCCGACUGGUUCGCCACGGGCUGCACCGUCUACGAGAUGAUCUGCGGGCGGGCACCGUUCAAGGACUACCGCGAGAAGGUGUCCAAGGAGGAGGUGCGCCGCCGCACCCUGGAGGACGCGGUCGUGUUCAGCCACCCGGCCUUCACGGACCAGUCACGUGACCUGUGCACCCUCAUGCUGGCCAAGAAGGCGCAGGAGCGGCUGGGCUGCAGAGGCCCCGAUGACGAUCCCCGGCGUCACGACUUCUUCCGCACCGUCAACUUCCAGCGGCUGGAGGCUGGGCUCGGUGACCCGCCCUUCGUGCCAGACCCCGGCAUCGUCUAUGCCAAGGACGUGGGCGACAUCCAGGACUUCUCGGAGACCAAGGGCGUGGAGCUGGACGACAAAGACCGUGGCUUCUACGCGCGCUUUGCCACGGGCCCCGUGCCCCUCGCGUGGCAGGAGGAGAUGAUCGAGAUGGGCCUCUUCGAAGAGGUCAACGAUGACGGCGCCACCGAGGGCGAUCGCGGUGACGGGGUGAACGGCGACGUGGGGAGAAAGUCCGGAGUCUGCCACCUGCUGUAAUAAUCACAAGCGCCUUCGUUAUUCGCGGAAUUAUCUAUUUUUUCUUUCGCAAUUUUAUCCCGAUCGCGCUAUCGGCAUCGCGUCGCGGGACGAGGUAUCCCAUUCGGAAUUCGAGCAGAGCAAUACGGUCCUCCGUGUGAGGGAAAGGCCCACGUAAGCGGAUAUUACAGAGCUACCUCUGGGAUCUUUCCCAAGUGACCUGCCGUCGUCACAGUAGAGGGUUGCACUUUCCCAAACGCUCUGCAUAUCGGAGUAAUGUUCACCGCGUGACAAACCGAUAUUUUAAUUCUCAGAGCUGGUAUUUAAACCAAUUAAGUGUGGAACCUAAUUUAAUGUGUUUUUGUAUAGGUCAUUGGUGACUGGCUUGAUACCACGAACUCACUGCACUUGAGAACCCGGUUAACUUGCCCGCGGAUGCCUUGAUUAGAACCCAGGAUCUCAAAUAAACGCUCGCCAUGGCUGCGGCUGCUGGUCAUGUGCCUAUGAGCGACCCGCAACACGGGACAUUCCACGCUGCAGGGAAAUGGAUUACAGAGGCCAUUGGGGCUCCUGCCUUGGGAUUGAAGCGAACGAGAUUUGUCAAGGGGUUCCGAGCGGUCGAGAUAAAACGGAGGGGGGCAUGCGCACGUUCAUAGUGGUAAUGUCGCCGCAGUCUGCGAUAUCUCUCGAGUGGAGAGCUUUGUCUGCUGCCAGAGCGUUUCACUGCAAUCGUUGUCGCAGGGCGCCGUUUAAUCGCUGGCCUCGCCCUUAGGUGGAGGAAUAAGGCGUCUUGUAAACGACGGAUGGGGCGACAUCAUGCGCCUUCUGCAGUGGUCGUGUCACCGAGUGUCCUUCCCUUUAGAUAAGGAGUGGAGAACAUAUGGCACGUGGGCUAGUUGGAUAUGGCCCGUGGGCUAGUUACGGGCCCGUGAGAUAGUUACGGCACGUGGAGUAGAUACGGCACAUGGAAUAGAUAUGGCCCACGACUUCAUGACUUCGGGCCUGUGCCCACAUCGCUUCAAAGCAGCACAGCAAACGAUAUUUAUCUGUCACGGCGAGCAUUUUAGCCGCUCUAAUCGGGUCCUAGAGGGGAAUAUAUUCGUAAAACUGUUUAUCAUUUCCGUCUGCCCGGUCACCUCUCACAGCGCAGUAAAGGUGGGCCCUGGUUGUUUUGUUGCAUCAUUGUAUGACACGAAGGUGUUUGUGUGCUAGACUGUGUAGCCUGCCAGAGGCGCUAGAAUGUCCUGUUUGGGCCCUCGGUAAAAGAAAAUGUUCCCCACCCCUGGUGCAGGAAAAUGUCUUGUUUUAAACUCUUGUGUUAUAUUGUAAACUUGUUUCUUUGUUCAUCAUGCCUUCAUGUAUCGUGUUUAGGUUAAUUUAAAAUUAAAUAAAAGCAAUGUGAAACUUUA